AUGUGGAUCCGGUCGGGUCUGCUUGUGUUGGUGGCGGUGGUGCUGGGUGCGACUGCGUUGCGGUCGAAUCGCGUCAAGGAGGCGUUCUUGGGGCAUGUGGAUCCAUUGCUGCGGGUGGAUUGUGAGCCGAAGCCGGGCGCCACGGAGGAGUCGUGCAAACAGAAGGGAUGUGUUUGGGGGAACAUUCACGGAAUGGUAAGUGGAGCACUCUACUCACUUCAGGUCAGACUGAGAUAGGGCAAAACGUGAAUGAAUUGGCAAUUCGCAAAAAAAAAAGACACGAAAAAACUUUUUCUCGAAGAAGAAAUGGGGAAAUUUUGAGGCGAGAGAGUACGUUUUUUGCGCGUCUUUUCUCUGCUUCUCUGUGAAAUCAAGACGAAGUGUAAAAAAACGAAAGCGAAGAGUCUAUUCCGGUGAUCAGACUGCUCAGUUUUUCCAUCCAAAAUUUAGCUAUGUCAAAUCUGACCUUUGACCUUUUAGGCGGACCGAAAUAUCCCCCUCUGCCACUACCCUCAGAACACCGGGUACAUUCAAAAAACCAAACAGACCGUUGGAACAAGCACUAAAUUCCAAUUGGAGAAGAAUAAGGACAGUCCGAAAAACCCCUACGGCGAUGAGUUUGAAAAGCUGAAUAUUGAAACGGACGAGCUUGGAAGCGGGUUGAAAGUCAAAAUCGGCGCUGAAAAUGCCUAUGAACCGGACUUGUUGUUGAACAAAAAUCCUGUAAUCGAGUCAGAGGAGAAGCUGGUAUUCAACUACACGAAUAGUGAUGUUUUUGCCUUUACCGUGACCAGGCAGUCAACUGGCGCGAGGAUUUGGGACACCUCUAUUGGUAAGUGGAACUUUAGGGGUAUUUGUUGUAUACUAUCAUAGGGGAAGACAUUAAGUCAUGAAAGGUGUCCAAAUUGGGGACAUUGGAUAUGGGGUACCCUAUGCGGGAUUUUUUGAUUUGCUGUAGAUUUUGCAUACGUAAUGUACAUAGGCCACUACUGAUACCUGAACAGCGAAGAUGAGAUAUUCAACAAGCUUUUUUUGAAAGAGCAUGCAAUGCGGAGAGUCAGUUAGACAAAAAAAACACGGCUUCUCUAGAUCUCUCUGAAAAACUAAAACUCCGAGGAAAAAUUUUACCCAUCUGUUGUAGAUAUACAUAAAAAAUUAAUCUUCAGGCGGUCUAAUCUUCGGUUCCAAGUAUAUUCAAAUUGCAACCCUCAUCCCAACCGACAAGAUCUAUGGAUUUGGUGAGCAUGUCCAUCAGACCCUGCAGCAUGACCUGAAAAAGUAUCGGACCUGGCCAAUGUUUGCCAGAGAUCAGCCGCCAAAUUCGCUCAACGAAAACUACAUGAACUUGUACGGUGUGCACAACUUUUACAUUGGAAUCGAAGAGAAUGGGAAUGCGCACGGCGUGUUCGUGCUAAAUUCGCAUGCUCAGGAAGUGACGACCGGGCCAGGCCCACAUCUGGUCUAUCGUGCAAUCGGUGGGCAAUUUGAGGUCUUCUUUUUCCCCGGCCCCAAGCCUGAGGACGUUGUGAGGCAGUAUCAGCAAGUCAUUGGGACCCCGUAUUUGCCGGCAUAUUGGGCGUUGGGCUUCCAGCUCUGCCGAUAUGGCUUCCUCAGUCUACAGGAUAUGAAAGAUACGGUAGCGAGGGUGAGAAAUGCCAGAAUCCCGAUUGAUACGAUUAUUCCGGAUAUCGAUUAUAUGGAGAGGUACAAGGACUUCACUGUUGGCCAAGAGGUAAGUUUUCAGAGCUGUUUUGGGGUAGAUUAGAAACGUAGAGCCAAUAUCUGGGUCGUUUUCCUUUGUAGAGGUCUCUAAAACGUCUUUUUCAAUUACUUCUUUUCUUCAGAAAUGGGCCGGACUUCCUCAAUACGCCAAGGAACUCAACGAAAUUGGGAUGCAUCUGACCGUAAUCCUGGACCCAGCGGUCCAAGUCAACUACUUUUCCUUUGAAAACGGCCGCCGUCAGAAUGCCAGUUUCUUGAGCUGGCCUCGCAAAGACCUUGUCCAGCACAAAAUCAACGAUCUCUACCCUCUUACCAAGGAUUCCUUGGAUAUGUUGGGAGUAGUGUGGCCCGACGCUCAUGUGGCUUUCCCCGACUUUUUCGAUGACACCAAUUUGACGGCGAAUUGGUGGAAAAGCGAGAUUAAACAGUUCCACGACCGCGUUGCUUUCGAUGGCCUUUGGAUUGACAUGAAUGAGCCGUCGGCGUUCGCGACCAACGACGACCAUCCCUGGUACUACGACCUCCCCGACCAUCCCAACAUUGAGCCACUCUGGUGUCCGCGCAGUGGCGCGGAUGGCGCACUGGAUCAACCGCCCUACUCCACUUUCGCCACCUACAUUUAUGGCGAGGGAUACCCGUUGUGCGGCAACACUCUGUGCAUGUUGGCCACCACCAAUCGGGGAAAAGAUGUGCUCUACAACAACAAGAACUUGUAUGGACUGAAGGAGACGGUGGAUACGUUCGCUGCGCUCAGAGAGGCCACAGGAAAGAGAGGACAAGUCAUUAGUCGCAGCACGUUCCCCAGCAGCGGGCAUUUCGGCGGGCAUUGGCUCGGGGAUAAUACGGCAAGAUGGGAGGAUUUGAGAACGACCGUCAUCGGGGUUCAGGAGUUCAACAUCUUCGGAAUUCCGUUUGUGGGAUCCGAUGUUUGUGGAUUUAUCAACCCAACCGAGGAGGAGUUGUGCUUGAGGUGGCAGCAGUUGGGGGCGUUCCACAGUUUCUACAGGUAAGGCUUCUUUACAAAAGAAAACAUUUAAAAAUCUUUUGGUUUUCUUUACUUACCGUACUCCCUUUUCAGAAACCACAACGCCAUCGGCAAUCCUCCUCAAGACCCAGCGCAAUGGCCCUCUGUUGCUGAGGCCACUCGUCAAGCCAACACCUUCCGUUACCGCCAUCUCCCUUACCUCUAUUCCCUUCAUUUUGCUGCUUCCCAACGAGGUGGCACUGUGGUUCGUCCGGUCUACUUUGAAUUCCCCAAGGACCGAGAAGCCUACGAACUAAACUACCAGUUCAUGUGGGGCCCCGCAAUCAUGGUGGCGCCCGCCAUCUUCUCGAAGGUCUCCGAAGUCCGAGCCUACAUUCCGCCCGGCGCCACGUGGUACAAUUUGUACGGCAAAAAGUACGGCAGCUCGUUGUCGCAUGGCUUUGGACAGGUUGAGGCCGAACUGGCUUCGACGGCCCCAGUGUUUGUCCGUUGCGGACAUGUGAUCCCAAGACAAGUGCCGGCGAUGACCACUCGGGACAGUCGCAAGGGAAAUAUGCAACUAUUGGUCACCUUGCCGCAGGACCUGAGCAACAAACAAGUGUUGGCCAAGGGAGAGCUCUUCUGGGAUCAGGGCGACAACGAGUUCUUGGCCGAAAAUGGAUGGCAAAGAACGUACGACCAUCAACACUACACCUUCAACUUCACAAUCGCCGACAAUGUUGCUUCGCUGAGAAUUUCGUUACAGAAUAACCCACAGAACUUUGAAGGUCUGAAGCCAUUCGAGGAGAUUGAAGUCUUCGGAUACCCCAAAUCGGUUGAUUUCAAUUCAGUCAAGUUGAAUGGCAAAGCGGUGACGGUGUCCAAGCAACAAAGCACGUACAGUCCAUUCACAAAACUGCUUCGUCUAAGAUCCCCUCAGGGCUUGUUUGACUUGAAACAAGGCGAAAAGGAGUGGACAAUCACUUGGAAUAAUUUAUAA